AUGCUGGCUUGCACGCUAUCAAAAGCACCCCUUGGACCAGCAUAUAUUUUCACUUCCUUUCCUUCAUCAGAUUUAGCCAAGGCAUGGGGAAGGAAAGAAGAAAAAACAGUAACCAAGAAGGGAAGCUCUCACUGCGUAGCUGCGGGAAAUGGGGACAUUGAUCUCCCAAAUCUCCUGAAUUCGAGCAAAUAA